AUGGCCCACGUCUUCUGCAUUUUGGCACUUUUGUGUUUUGCAUCAUGUGUUGCAGAAAAUACAGAGGCUGAGCAGGGAUUUAAAGACCUGCAACUUCAGCAAGACCCAUUGUCAUGGCUCAACAAAUUACAAGACAAACAGGAUUCGAUGAAGACACAGAACUUUGUAGACUUACUUUAUAAACUUUUCAAACCCGAAAAUGGAAUUAUACCCCAAGGACCCAGAGAUGCAGAGAAACAGGAGAAGAAUCGACGUGGACUCAGCAGUGGCAAUACAACUCAGAGUCGCAGAGCCGGCUGCAGAGUCUUCUUCUGGAAAUCAUGGACUGCCUGCUAA